ACUAAGAUGCGUGCUCCGUGAAAGAGCUGCAGAAAUGAAUGGAAAUCAAGGGGGCAUUGUUGGUGUUAUUGUGCGGGUUUGUGAGAUUAUAUCUUGAGUAGACUGAUACACGUUAAAAACUAAAGACCUCAACAAUGGAGUGUGACAUUCUGGACUCGUUAGAGCAGAUCGGCUAUGACGGCCCUCUGCUGGAGGAGAAGGCGCUGCUCACAGCCGCAGAGGGAGGCCUGUCCUCCUCCGAGUAUGUGGACCUGUGCAGGUGGCUGUCAUCCAGGUUAAAGCCGCUGUGUGAUCUGGAAGAGAGCAUAACUUCUGGUCCAGACGACAUGGACAGUCUUCAGUUAGAGAUGAGUGGCUUGCUGAAGGAGCUGCAUUGUCCAUAUGAAGAAGCUGCCUCAGGGAUCCUCAAAGGCAGUGAGAGGACUGCAAAAGAUCACCUCAAACUUCUCUUGUUUCUAAGCUCUGAGCUCCAGACAGCUCAGAUUGUGAGGAGCAGAGUCGUCUCUGAUAAACACCAAGAAGAAAGUCCGGUGUGUCGGGAGCUCCGGUUGAUCUGCGAAAACCUGAAAUUAACAGAGCCCAGAGGACAGGACACAGUGGGAGUUUUAGCUCAAGUCCAAGAAAAGGUUGAUGAGCUCGUAAAGGAUCUUCCAAAGGGCUCCACUGGAGACCCGGUGCUGAAAAAUUCCCUGUCCAGUGAGCAGUGGGAGAAGCUGCAGAACAUAAACACAGCUCUGUGUUCAGAGUACGAGUGUCGGAGAAGGAUGUUGAUCAAACGUCUGGACGUCACCGUUCAGUCGUUUGGGUGGUCAGACAGAGCUAAGGUGAAGGUAGACAGCAUGGCGAGAGCCUACCAGCCUAAGAGACACUCUCUGAGACCACAGACCAGCGUGGACAUGGCCAGGCUGCUCGCUGCCAGAGACGACAUCUGCAAUGUGGUGAAGACGAGCAGCGGCUCCAGCAGGCAGAACACGGCCUGUGCCGUCAACAAGAUCCUGAUGGGGAGAGUCCCAGACAGAGGAGGACGUCCUUCAGAGAUAGAGGCCCCGCCUCCAGAGAUGCCACCCUGGCAGAAAAGACAAGAUGGAGGAGGUGGCUGGGGAGGAGGAGGUGGAAGGGGAGGAAGAGGAGGAGGUAACUGGGGAGGAGGAGGAGGUAAUUGGGGUGGAGGAGGAGGAGGAGGUGGUUGGAGAGGAGGUGGAUGGAACCAAGGGGGGCACGGUGGACAUGGAAGCUAUGGUGGACAAGGAGGGCAUGGAGGACACGGGAACUAUGGAGGACAUGGAGGAAAGAGAGGACGGUACCAGUAUUAAUCUGCUCUAAUUUGUGGACUUUUCUUGAAUAUGAUGAUGAUAUGUUGUUUCACAUGAACUCAGUUCAGUUUGUUUCACUGUGAUGGUAGAAAACAUUGAGCGUCAUUCACCAACCAUUCUUAAGAAGAGAGUUGUUCUUGAGACCCACAAAAUUUCCUUAAUUGUGAUUUUGUUCUCAACUAAGAAGGAAAUCAGAGAAUACUAGAGGGCCCUCCUACAUGCAUCUAAUUGCUGAUAGGACAGGAUAAAAUAAUGAACAAAUUAAAGGAGUAAUUGUCUCUCUGUAGUUGUAAUUGUGAGUGGUGUUAGGAUAGGUCGUAUCAGCGUGGUCACUACCUGGAGCUUGCAUGUAUGGAGCCUGGGUCUGUUGAAGGUGGCAUUGCUGUUUUGGUAAAAUUUGGGGAUGAUAACGGACAGAGAUUUUAAAAUGGAUCUGCAGAUAAAUGCAGCUGUAAAAGCCAGUUUUUAAUCAUCUUCAUCUUUUAUCUUUUAAUGAUUUUGAGAAGGUUAUGCUCGCUUUUAUCACGACUCAUCUUGAUUAUUGUAAUGCUCUUUAUUUUGAUGCCAGCCAAGCCUCUCUUGAUUGUUCACAGCAUGUUCAGAAUGCUGCAGCUCGUCUUUUAACUGGUCAACAUAAAUAUGACCAUAUUUCCCCCAUUUUAGCCUCUUUUCACUGGCUUCCUGUGCGAUUGAUUUUAUAAUUUUGUUAUUAAGCCAUAAAUCUCUUUACUGGCUGGCUCCUCCCUAUCUUUCUGACCCUUUAAAACCCUAUAUUUUACCUCGGACUCUCAUAUCCUCUGACUAGUGUCUUCUGACUGUCCUGAGGUCAAGGUUGAGGCUCAGGGCUGACUGAGCUUUUUCAGUAGCUGCCCCAAAGCUCUUGAAUGCUCUUCCUUUUCAUAUUCGCCUGUCCCCCUCACCACCUGUCUAAAAUCAAACUUAAAAAUGCUCUUUUACUCCUUGGCUUGUGACUCAGAUUCAUCUGAUGACAGCGCAGUCUGAACAAGCAAUAUCAUCUGAUUUGUGUUUGUAGCAUAUAUCCACUGGUGCUAAAUGUAUGAACCGUCUAACUAUUUCUUAUACUUGGAGUCCAGCCUGCUACUAUUUCUAAGGUUUGUUUUGAUUUAGACUUUCAAGGAUGAGGGAUAUCUUUAUUAUCCUCGAGAGCUGCUUCACAUCCAGCAGUACCAUACCUUUCCUUAAACCAGUUAUUCUCUACUGGUCAGGGACCAGGACCCACCUCCAUCCCCCUUAUAAGACAUCGUGACCAAAAUUUAAAAAAAAUGUUCAACCACUCAGCAGCUUGUCAUGCUUGCAUAAAUUUUAUUUUGCUCCAUUUUCCCAUAAUGUGGUAGAAAUGAGGUAAUUUGUCAAAGAAUUCCCAUAUUAUCUUGGCAAAACCAGCUUUAUUAUGUGGGGGGGAAAGAUAAAUAAGUGGAAGUCUUGAGAAAAAGACAGAACUUAAGUAAUCACAGGAAAAAAAAAAUUUUAAAAAAUGUAUGGAUGUACUGCAUGUUUGCUUAGAACUCGUGGACUUUUUGCCACAUUUUCUUCCUGGCACGUGUUGGCGACUUACUGGUUCAACCUUCAUGACCCACUUUUGGGUCUCAACCCACCAGUUGAGAACCACUGCCUUAAACCAUAGGAAUAAAUAGAAAAAAACUUUGGAGACAUAAAACACAGUAAUAACUGUGUAAUAGAUAAUAAAGUAAUAGAUAAAUUACAAAUUUUACACUGAGCUAUUGAAAAGGCUAAUGGCAGUCGGGAUAAAGGAAUUAUCCUGUAUGUUUGCAUUACAUGACAGAAGGACGUAGCUGUGUCCACAUGAAAGCAGCAAGAACUCCUUAAAGAGUGGACGGUCUGGUUUGUACAUAGGCUUUUAAAGAAUUCUGAGUUUGAAUCAGUCAGGUCACAGAGUGGUGCCUGUAAUUUUUCAGCACAUUUUGCACAUCUUGACUAAGCCCAGCAGCCGGCUUCUGUCUUUUUAAGUAAGAACCAUAAAAGCAAAUAAGAGAAUGUAAGAACAGAUAACAAAACAUUUUUAUUAAAACACUGUCCACAUUUAGAUGACAAAACUUAUGAUAGAAAUACAGUCUGACAAGUUACUACCUCUCUUCUCACUCCUGUUUACCUUAUGCGUUUGCACACAGCCCUCUAGUCUCAUGCCCUUAUAUGGGCGUAGAGGGGCGUUUCUCUGUGGUCAUUAGGAAAAACGUACACAGGCUCCCAGCUUAUGAGCACAUGGCAUUCAUCAGUUUAAGGCGCUGUCAGUUCAGCAGUUUCACUUUCUCUUACAAACUGUAAGAACUAAUUUAAUAAAUAUAUUAAGAAAUGAUUGGUAAAUGAGGCUUAAUGUUUAUCACAGAGAACAAUCUUCUCUUUCUUUAUUUAACUUGUAUAUACUGUUUAGUUUUUAUCAUACCUUUUAGUGUUUUUUCAUUUAACUAGACAUGUAGUGCUGUUUGAUCAUGGACUUGGACUGACUGUCUCUGAAAACUCACGCAGGAGAGGAAGUUUUGUGUUCACUCUAGAGCCGCCAUGAUACCUGAAUUUAAAUCUUUGAUUUAAUACUAGGAAAAAAGCAGAGGAUAUCAAUACUGGUUAAAAAAUCCAGGCACACAACAUUUGGUAAUUUCUUGUUUUUAGUGACCAGAAAUUGCAGGGAAACUUCUUCACAGCGUCUAAAUCAUUAGUGGAAUGUCAGUACUAAACACUGCAAAUAUUUUUAUGCAAUACAGACAGAAUUAUCUCCUGUGCUCACUGUUGGUAAGAGACAUAAAUGCAACUUUUGCAUUUUUAUUUGAUCAAAAAACAGGGGAAAUAUCAGUUUUCGAGUAUUUGUUGAUAUGUUAAUUAAAUAAACCACUGCUGCUGUUCUUCUGCCUGCAGCAGCUUUUGACUACACCUACGGCUUUGGAUCUGAACUUUUUUUUAAUCAGGUUUUGUACUUUUUAACACUAUUGAUUACUUAAAAUAAUAGACAUUUUACUGUCUAAGCAUGGAAUGUUGAUUAUUAAUUUUCAAAACCUUCAUUUAUUCUGAAAAAUGUGACAAAGGAAGGUUUAAAAUACUGGUAUAGGUGUUCAGCACAGACACUGAAAAAAUAUAACAAACCAGGAUUGAGUUGGACUUCUCUAGCAACAACUCAGGAAAUUCCAAACAAAUAUUUUACAGUCUGUAUAACAGGACAUAAUUCAUGAUUUUUGGACAUUAGAGGUUUCAAACUAUAAACUAUUGAAAACUAUAUUUGCAAUAGUCUUUCAAUCAGGAUCAUUUUGUUUUUGGAGGCUUUUGUCUAACACGCAUGUUUGUACAAACAUACUACAAUAUCAGUGUUUCUGCAGCCCUUAACAGUUUGGUGCUUUUAUUAUUCCAAUCAAAGUUAAACAUUUUCGAACGUCUUCGUGUGGAAAAAUGUGAGUUUGGCUUUGACAUAUCCUGGUUUGGGUAAACUAGAGUCUGGCCCAUUCAAAGUCACUGUAACCUCCUUUCUUCCUCAUUCUGAUGAUAGGUUUGAACUUUAUGUCUUCUUGACAAAGUCUAUGUCCAAAAUCACUCCAUAUUCACUACAGCUGUGUUUGAAACCACCCACUCAUUCCCUACUCCCUAUCCACUAUACAGUGAGCAGCAGAUAGUGGACUAUAUAGUACACUCAUUCCAUCCCACAAUGCAAUUUGAAAAGUAGUGAACAGCUGAUGGUUACUAGCCCAGCAAUAUUUACCAUGAUGCAUCGCGGUUGCUGCUCUCAGACAUGACGGACGGACGAACGAGAGGAGCACAGGAACUCAUAUUCUUUUAUGCUUUUUUGUUUGUUGGUUUUAACAAAAUUAUUUAAUCUGUAAGAAAGUGUUAAGGAUUCAAAACUUAGUAACCCUCCCCUAUGAUGAUUACAAGAUAAGACCAUCAUCUUUAUGCAAAAAUAGACCAAAGACUCAAAACGUUAAAAUUUAUUACUCAUUUUAUUUUUGUGGUAAAAUACUUUAUGUUUAUUAUCAGUUUUCAGUGAAAUUCUACCAUUAAUUUUGAUCCUUGCCGUUGUUGCUAAACGUUUUAAAUGUGAGACAUCGAGGACGUCAUCGCCCGCGGCCGGAGUAGUGUCCGGAAUAGUUUUGUGUUUUGCAGUUGAGUCCACUAAAAAGUCUACUAUGCUGCUCACUUUAUAGUGGAUAGGGAGUAGGGAGUGUAUGUGGUUUCGGAAGCAGCCCAUGUCUACGUGCUUACAUGCAUUGUUUGUUGCCAUGUGACUGGCUGAUUAGAUAAUUGAUUUAAUGAGCAGUUGAACAGGUCUACCUUAUGAAGUGAUCACGUUCAUACUAUUUCCUAGUCUCCCUUUUUAGAGUUUGACUGUUUGUCUGUCUGAUUUCGAAAACACCAGCUCAGUAUUAUCCCCCUAAAGAUUCUGUACCAGCUGCUGUGAUUCUGAACUUAUUAAAUAAAUCUCCCAACAAACCCUUCUUCCUGUAAUGAUGCACCACUGUGAGAAAGCACAAGAUUGAGUCAAUAUGCAA